AUGGCAUUCCAGCUACCCAACUUAAAUGUUUUACUUGCACCAUGUGAUGUUAGAUUCAAUUUCUGAUACAUUUGUUGUUGCGUUACUUUCACUUCUCCCUCGGCCUUUGCUCAUUCUUGCACUUAAGGAUCCGUUACUUUUUAAAUUGUUUUCUACAAAAAUUCUGUUCAAUAAUCAUGACAGCCGUUUCCCAUAAUACCCUUCAAAUUAUCCUCGUUGCUUUGGUUGCCUAGAUUUCUCUGACGUGUCAGAUUUUCUAUUUGACGGUUCUGGGCUUGUGGGUCGUAGAGAAUGAAGGGCCAGGUGGAUUCCCCUGUUGGUGUUCUUGAGGACUAUUUCAAGAGCUCGGAGUCAGAAAUAUGUUCUUCCAAAGAACCAAGUACUGUGGAUUCUGGGUCUCAAGGUAAAUCAAAACCUGGUUCUAAGUUGCAUGCGUUUCUUCAAUUGUUGAGAAUCAAAUCGGAGAAGCCAAUGGCCACAUUGCAUCCUCUCAGUGUCCUCAAGCUCUCCAGAAGAAUGAGCACUAGCAUGAGCGAGACUAUAAUAAAUGCAGAUUCAUCCUUGCACAUGUCACCCUGGAAGAUCUUCACUCACCAUGAGAUACAAAUUGCUACCAAUAACUUCGCCCAAGAAAAUUUGAUUGGAAAGGGUGGAUAUGCUGAGGUUUACAAAGGGUGUUUGCCAAAUGGUCAGCUGGUAGCGAUUAAACGGUUGACACGUGGAACAGAAAAUGAAAGUACAGGGGACUUCUUAUCAGAACUUGGGAUAAUGGCUCAUGUAAACCACCCCAAUACUGCAAAGUUAGUUGGCUAUGGAGUGGAGGGAGGAAUGUAUUUAGUGCUUGAGUUGUCUGAAAAAGGGUGCUUAGCUUCGGUGCUCAAUGGUUCCAAGGAGAAACUACCGUGGUCUAUUAGGCAGAAAAUAGCAUUAGGAACAGCUGAGGGUAUAUUGUAUCUUCAUGAAGGUUGUCAAAGAAGAAUUAUCCACAGGGAUAUAAAAGCAGCAAAUAUCUUGCUUAGUGAGGACUUUGAGCCUCAGAUUUGUGAUUUCGGGCUAGCAAAAUGGCUACCAGAGAAUUGGACUCAUCACACCGUUUCAAAAGUUGAAGGGACUUUUGGUUACCUUGCACCUGAAUACUUGCUUCAUGGGAUACUGGAUGAGAAAACAGACGUAUUUGCUUUUGGUGUGGUGGUACUAGAAUUAGUCACUGGACGAAGAGCACUUGAUUAUUCUCAACAAAGUCUUGUUUUGUGGGCAAAACCUUUGCUGAAAAAGAAUUAUAUUAGAGAGCUGAUUGAUCCUUCACUGGGCGAUGACUUUGACUGUCGGCAGAUUAAAAUUAUGCUAUUGGCAGCUUCUUUAUGCAUUCAACAAUCCUCUAUUCGUCGUCCCUCUAUGAAACAGGUUGUACAGCUUUUGAAUGGCAACCUUAGCUGCUUGAAGUUCACGACGAAAUCUCAACUUCCAUUCUUCCGAAAAGUCUUUCGAGAAGAACCCCUUGAUUCUGAUUUCUGAUUAAUUCAAAGGAACAUAAAUCAUGGAGUGACAGCAACGCUACCUAAAUUGUGAUUAAUCAUGUAUCUAAUCCUUUUCAAGUCAAAUAUUUUUUCCGGAAAAGGAAAAAGGUAUUUUUCCCAUACAUCAUUGAAGGGAUUGGAGUUUCUGCACAUAGAAAUUGCCCCUACUAAAAUGAAUAUCCUGCAGAAUACAAAGCACAAAAAAGCAUGGCAUUGUCUCACAAACGGUGUCUAUGGUAGAUUUUUGUAAAGAAGUCAAACACUUGAAAGAAAGAAAUACUUUCUUUUCUCUCAAUUCUCAUCCACAUUUUU